UUCGUGAACAGAGUGGCUUGAAGAGGGAAGAUCAUGGCGUUACUCCAAGUGUGCGGGGCUCCCUGGGGGCAGCAGAGGACUGGAUAUCGCCAAGAUCCCGGGCACUACAGCUUUUCCCUUCAGACCCCGGAACUGGCCGUUCCCCGAGGGAUUCAGCCUCCUCAAUUCCUUCGUUCCCUGGAGGCAGACCCAGCCCAUCAAGUCAGGAUUGAGAUGGCCCAUGGCACCACCACACUAGCCUUCAAAUUCCAGCAUGGUGUGAUUGUGGCAGUGGAUUCCCGGGCUUCAGCCGGGAAUUAUAUUGCCACUCUGCAUGUGAACAAAGUAAUUGAGAUUAAUCCUUAUCUUCUGGGCACCAUGUCAGGCUGUGCAGCUGACUGUCAAUACUGGGAGCGUCUCUUAGCCAAAGAGUGUCGGUUGUACCACCUUCGGAAUGGGGAACACAUUUCUGUGUCUGCUGCUUCCAAGCUGCUGUCCAACAUGAUGUGUCAAUACCGAGGCAUGGGGCUGUCCAUGGGCAGUAUGAUCUGUGGUUGGGACAAAAAGGGCCCUGGAUUGUAUUAUGUGGAUGAAAAUGGGACAAGACUGUCAGGGACUAUGUUUUCUACAGGCAGUGGAAAUAGUUAUGCCUAUGGAGUUAUGGACAGUGGCUACCGGCCUGACCUUAGCCCUGAAGAAGCUUAUGACCUUGGCCGGAGGGCCAUUGUCCAUGCCACUCACCGGGACUGCUACUCUGGAGGGUUUGUCAAUAUGUACCACAUGAAGGAAGAUGGCUGGGUGAAGGUGGAGAGUUCAGAUGUCUCUAACCUUUUCCAUAAGUACUUGGAGACUCGGGGGUGAGUUUGGUGACUACAACAUUGACCACAUUGGGAAGACUCAGGAAACUGAGCCAGAGACCCCUGAAUUGGAGAAAAGGGUUCCCCAGAAGAACAGCUUUCUGGCCCCAGCAGGGACAAAACAUAUUUGAGGAACAAUUCAAUUUUCCAUUGACUUCCUAAUUUAGUAGUGUUUUCUGUGUUCAUUGUAAAAUAAAAUAAAAGCUCAGAAAAGGA